CUUUUAUUGAGAUUAACCAUUUGUACUACCAUAACGGUCAACUGUCACUGUGAUUUAGGCUAAAAGGCAGAAUAUAUCAGCUGUGAUGGCCGAUGGUAACAAUGAUAAUGAUUCAUCAACUACAAGUCCUGGGUUAGGAAUGAAGCUGACAAUAGCUGGUAUCAAGAAGAAAUUUCCGUCAGUCAAAAAUAUCUCAACAGAAUUGCUGUCAACUUUGAUGAAAUCAUGUCUAAAAUCCUCAUCUGCUGUGUCGGAGGGGAAUGAAAAACUUUUGAUUCUGGAUUCAAGACCUAAUGAAGAAUAUAUAAUAGGUCAUAUACCAGGAGCUAGAAGAGUUGAUUAUGAAGCAGAUCUUGAUACUUUAAUGUCAGCCGUUCCAGAAUUACAAUCAGCACCCGAGGACAAAGUCACUGUUGUGUGCUAUUGUUCUGUUGGAUACAGAUCUUCAGUUGUGGCACAAAAAAUUUCUGGGUAUAUUAAAACAAAAGGGCUACAAGAAUCAGGAAAUAUUAAAGUAUUCAACCUCGAAGGCAGCAUAUUUAAAUGGGCCAAUGAAAAUCGUCCAAUGGUAGACAACAAGGACAGGAAAACAAUAUUUACACAUCCCUAUAAUGUAGUGUUUGGUAAAUUAUUAAGAAAAGAACUGCGUAAGACGGCCCUUGAAGAGGACUCUAAAAUUUAAUGUGAUACAUUUUUUAUACUGUUAAAAUUUGAUAUUCCUCUGUACAUACUUUGAACAUUUUGAUAUUUGUUGUGAUUUAAUCUAUAGAUUGGUUUUGAGCAAAACAUUUUCCAGAAUUGGUGUAUGUCAACAGCUUCUUUCAAACAAAUGGAAAGAAAAUGUAAACAAAUAGUUAAAAAUAUCUGAAUGAAAUUUCAUUUAUAUCAUGUGGAAGUAUUGCAUAUUGAUAAGAGUUAUAUUGAACUUUCUUUUCAUUUGUAUGGUUAAUUUUUAAAUGUUCUUCAGACUCAGGAAUUUACAGACAUUUACAUUUUACUCAUAAACAUGACAUAUCUUCUUUUAAGUAUUCAGGGGCCUCAAUGACUGAGUGGUCACAAGGCCUCUAUCACUGAGUCACUUGCCCCUGCCAUCUAAGUUUGAAUCCUGUCAAGGAAUUUUUAUUUUUUCAUCUGAGAAAGAUAUCUAGCUAGCUGAUGGGAAGUCAGUGCCUGCUUGUGCUUGAAAUAAUAUAUGGAGGGGCAUCUGAAGUCUUUCUCUGCCAAUUAAACUAAAAGUGACGACAUGACCUUUUGUAUCAAUGUUACCAACACCAGCCAAAUAAAUGAAUUACAUUAAGGUAUUCACUUUUCUUUACACUUUAAUUCUUAACCUGCAGAAUUUUUGUAGCUUUUAAUUUGGAACAGUCACAGAGAUACAGGGAUUUUAAUAUGAAAGUACAUGUAUAAAAUUAUAACUACCAACAGUAUAGAGCCGUGUCUCAGACUGUCAUGACUCACUCAGUGCAGGUGUCAGAUGCUUAUCACUUCUGUCCAGGCAGAGUAUGGGUUAAGUAACCUCAAGGACGCUGAAGUUAUGGAUCAUGUGUGCAAAUGAAAGUUUUGUUUUUUUUAAAGCCACAUGCCUCCAGAUUGAGCCAAAAUAUUUUUUUAAAAAAAUCAACCUUGAGAAAAAUGUUAAAGAUUUUAAGAAAGGUAAAAAUAUUAAUAAUCACAAUUCAAGGACUCGUUUACAUGUUAUAUGCACAUAAUGACUGAUUUUGCAGCAUUUAUCACCAUCUUUCUACUGCAUGAUUAAUGCAGUAAGGGCUAUUUUUGCAUAUUCUGACAUAUUUUUGGUGAUAUUCAUAGAUUUUAAGUGCUGUUUGUGUAAAUUACUUACUUUGUUCACUUUAUUUGACAAUUUUUUACUUUUUUUAACAUUUAAAAAAAUUUCAUGUAAAUUAGCUAAAAUAUGGAGGCAUGUUGCUUUAAGUCAGUAUUUUUAUCGCACUCCCUCGGGUAUCAGACUUUCGUUAAGUUUUUGCGUAAAAAGUUGAAAUUUCCUAUACUACUGAAGGAAAUGGGUUGAAUCUUUAAACACCUAUUUGAGAGCAUAACAGGUCACUAUCAAAGACCCAUAACUCUAACAGUUAGAAUUGUGGCUCUUUUAGAACUUAGAAAAAUCUACAUAAUAUCAAAGCUCUUGUUUUACUAUCAAGCACUGAGAAUAGUCAAGCAUGCUGUCCUACCGACAGCUCUUGUUUUGUAUAUUUUUUUCAUUUAUCAGUUUCCAAUUGAUCAUUUACAUUAUUUUAUAUUUGUCAUUUUAGUUAAGUGACCUCAAGGAUGAUGAAAUAAUGUGUCAUGUGUGCAAAUAUAUA